AUGAUACCACACAAUUAUGAUCAUUUGGCUAAUUUGCAGUUAGCAGAUCCUGAAUUUUAUAUUCCCGCUCCAAUCGACAUACUUUUCGGCUCAGAUGUUUAUCCGGACAUUAUAUUACCGGAAAUUAUUCGCAGCGAGCACGUAGUCGCUCCCAUUGCACAAAACACCCAAUUGGGGUGGAUUAUAUUGGGUAAGAAUCCUGAAGUUACUCCAAAGUCGAUCCGAAGUUUCUUCCAACACAUUGAUCUCGAUACACAAAUCCGAAAAUUUUGGGAGAUUGAAGAAAUUCCUUUCGUGAUUCGAGCUUCAGAAGAGGAUAUUGCCUGCGAAAAGUAUUUUAAUGAAACAACCAAGCGAUUAUGUGAUGGGCGGUACGAAGUGAAUCUUCCAUUUAAAGUAGGAUUUCAUCCUGAACUAGGAUCCAGCAAAGAAAUGGCAACUCGACGUUUUUUAUCUUUGGAACGACGAUUUGAAAGGGACCCAAAAUUGCAAGAAAGUUACAGCCAAUGUAUCAUGGAAUACCUUAGUUUGAAACACAUGGAAGAAGUAGACGUAAACGACCCAAUUUUGAAAACCCCUUUUCACUAUUUUCUUCCUCAUCAUGCUGUAUUUAAAGAAUCGAGUUCUACCACAAAAGCUCUUGCGGUUAAAAGUGAGAUGUACGUAGACGAUUUCAUCAGUGGAGGAGAUUCUAUAAACGAAACUCGUAUAAAACGCGAAGAAACACGAAAUCUUUUGGCGUCUGCAGGCCUCAAACUUCGGAAGUGGACGUCCAACUGCAAAGAUCUUCUGCAAGACUUACCCAAAGAAGAUUGUGAGAUAACUUUUGAAGUGCCUUUUCAAUCAAAAGAUCAUGGCAAAACAUUAGGCAUAAGAUGGAAUCCACAAGAAGACUCAUUUUCGUUCAAAAACUUUCAACAGGAAACCGAUGAAGUGACAAAAAGGACAAUGCUAUCAGCAAUUGCAAAACUUUUUGAUCCGCUUGGCUGGAUUGCGCCAUGUGUGAUCAAAGCCAAGAUCAUAAUGCAAAAAUUAUGGUGCAGAGGAACCGAUUGGGAUGAACCCAUUUCAUCAGAUCUUAAAGAAGAAUGGCAAGUUUUUCAGAAGGAAUUGCCUUUAAUACAACACGUUAAAAUCCCACGGUGGAUAAAUACACACAAUACACAGAAAUCGGUGGAAUUUCACGGUUUUAGUGACGCGUCGGAGAAGGCUUAUGGAGCAGUUGUCUUCAUACGUGUCCUUGAUAAUGCCGAGAAUAUUCACAUGCAUAUACUAAUAUCGAAAACAAAGGUGGCUCCAUUGAAAACAGUCAGUCUACCACGACUAGAACUUUGUGGAGCUGUUCUCUUGGCAUCACUAUUAAAUUACACAAAAGAAGUUCUGCAUGUCUCGAACGCAAAGGUAUACGCAUGGUCAGACUCAAUGAUUACGUUGGCUUGGAUUAAAGCACAACCUUCCAAAUGGACAACGUUUGUCAGUAACAGGGUUGCUGAAAUCCAACGAUUAACAAACUGCGAUAUUUGGAAACACAUUCCAACAGACCAUAACCCAGCUGAUUUAGCAUCUAGGGGCGUUUCACCUUCAGUGUUGGGAACACAAGACCUUUGGUGGAUAGGGCCCUCAUUUUUGCGAGAAAAGUGGCAAUUUGAAAUACCCGUACAACCAUCUACUCUCGAAACCGAAAUUGAAAGGCGAACGGAAAAGAAACAAUGCUUAGUAGCCAACUCUGAUGAAGCAGAUGAUGACAUUAACAGAUGUAUACUAAGGUGUUCGCGACUAUCAAAGAUCAUCAGAGCAAUUGCAUUCUGUUAUCGCUUUAAAUGGAAUUGCCUUGCAAAAAGACGAAAAACAUCAAGGAUUUCAGGAGAAUUGAAUCCAGAUGAGCUACAAGUUGCAGCCUUCUUGGUGCAUAAAGCAGUACAAAGGCUCAUGUUCACUGCAGAACUGAGUGAAUUAGAGAAUAAAAAUACAAUUCCCAAAUCCUUGUUAUCUCUUAAUGCGUUCAUCGAUGGUAAUGGGUUACUUCGUGUGGGUGGCCGACUCGAGAACACACUACUUUCAUAUAACCAGCAACAUCCGAUCAUUCUAAAACCCAAUUACCACUUCUCUGAACUAGUGAUGCGAGAUGCACACAAUAAGACCCUACACGGAGAAAAUCAACAAACUGCGGCCUUCAUUCGUAUGACUUACUGGAUAACAAGACUUAAACAACACGUAAAAAAACAUAUACAUAAUUGCCCAAUAUGUUUCAGAUACAAAAAAAGGAGUCUACAACAACUCAUGGGAAGCCUGCCAGCACCACGAGUACGAAUAUCCAGACCAUUCACCCAUACAGGAGUUGAUUACGCCGGUCCUAUAGAAAUUAAAACAUGGAAAGGAAGAGGAGCUAAAACUUUUAAAGGAUACUUUGCCAUUUUUAUUUGCCUGUCUACCAAGGCAAUCCACCUCGAAACAGUGUCAGACUUGACAACACAGGCAUUCCUAGCAGCUCUUCGUCGCUUCACCUCACGCCGAGGCAUUUGUGCCCAAAUUUAUAGCGACUGCGGCACGAACUUUGUGGGAGCUAAUCGCGAAUUAGCCCGUAUGCUAGAAGAAGCUAAACACGAUUGGAAAGAAAUCGCAGGGACUCUAGCUAAUUCAGGAACAAACUGGAAUUUUAUUCCUCCAGCUUCCCCUCACUUUGGUGGUCUUUGGGAAGCUGGUGUGAAAUCAGUUAAACACCAUCUAAAACGAACCACAAGAGAUGAGAGGUUAACUUUCGAGGAACUCUACACACUUCUCACGCAGAUCGAAGCCUGUUUGAAUUCCCGACCUCUAUGCCCUCUAUCGGAUAAUAUCGAUGAUCUAGACUAUUUAACACCAGGACACUUCCUAAUUGGCGAACCCUUGCUCACAAUUCCUCAAAAGGACAAAAACGUAGAAAACAUGAGCUAUCUAGACAGAUGGAAAAAGACUCAAGCUCUCGUCAACGUAUUCUGGCAAAAAUGGAACGGAGAAUACCUUUCACGAUUGCAACAACGACCAAAAUGGACGAAAAGGGAAGCUGAACCUAAAGUUGGAAGUCUUGUUUUGGUCAAGGAUGAAAGACUUCCGCCAUCCCAAUGGGCAUUAGCAAGAAUAACCGACACACAUCCGGGAGCUGACGGACUAGUCCGAGUGGUAACGCUAAAAACAAAAUCUGGAAUUAUGAAACGGCCUAUCACGAAAAUCUGUUACCUACCGUGUAACACCUCGACCGAUGAAAGCACCCUAAUUUAA